AUGAAAAACAAAUGGCUGUGGUUAUUAUUAUUUAAUUAUUUUAUUUUUUUAUUAUUUUUGCUCAAUAAUUUUUGUAAAGCCCAAACAUCCGAUGAUUUUUAUGAAGUUUCCCCAAAUAAUUUUUACAAUUUGGAAUCUGAACAACAACAAUUUCAACAACAAUUUCCUUGCCCUCCAUAUGGAAUGUGUGAUUUUGGAGUUGAAAAUAAUAAUCAAAAUUUGGAAAAUUUUUUAAUUAAUUCAAAAUCAUUUUUACUUCGCCCCUCAUCCCAACAACAACUGACAUUUAAUGAAAAUAAUAAAGAAAAUAAUGAAUUUCCAACAUUAAUUCCCCCUUAUAAAAUUAAUAAAGAAUUUACUGAUCCUUCAACAAAAAAGGAAGAAUUUAAUAAUAUAGAAAGACAAGAAAUUAGUGAUAGAAGUAAUGAUAUUGGGAAUAAUGGGGGAGGUAUAAAUGGAUGUACAGGAAAUUGGAUUGGAGAAAUAAAAGGUGUGAUUUUAAUAAUUAAGAAUACAGUCAAACCUCCUCAACUUUUAGGUGCCCCAAAGUUUGGAGAGGAGUUUUUAAAUUUCUCAAUGCUUUUUUUAUCGAGGAAUAGGUAG